AUGACCACCCCCUCAAUCCCACCUCCAUCCCAACUAACAGUUCACUCCAAACCCUCCGCCCCAAUCUCAUACACCUUCAUUCCCCCCUCACCCCCCUCACCCCCCUCCAAAAACCUCAUCGUCUUCAUAAAUGGCCUCGGUCUCCCCGCCGCCUCCUGGAAACCGACUCUCAUCCACCUCCUCACCCAACCCACCCACCCAGCCCUCCUAACCUACGACCGCUUCGGCCAAGGCCUAACAACCUCCCGCGAUCCUCUCGAUGGAACACCCGGGAAAGAACGAGGUCAUAACUUUCAGGAUAUAGCAAAUGACCUACACUCUCUCCUCCAAGUCGUGGCUGAGAAAGAAUUCCAGAGUUCGAGGAUCGAAGAUGUGAAUAUCAUCAUGGUAGGCGCCUCAAUAGGCUGUCCCAUAAUCCGUCUCUACAUCGCCACCCACCCAGGUGUGGUCUCAGGCGUUAUAUUCCUCGACUCCAACAUCCCGCACUUAAACUACUCUGAUUUCCUGCCGGACCCCAGCGCCCCGAAUUUCGAUCGUGCCAGCGUAAUCGCAGAAGAUUGCACGCUACCUCAAUACAUCGGUGCGCGGCUUGCGUUAUGCAAGAUGUUUGAUUUGGAUGCGAAGAAUCCGGAAGGGAUUGAUAGGACGCAAGGUCCUCGAUUGUUGCCCGAAGCCGAGAAUCCGAAACUGGUGGGAAAGGAUGGGAGGAUGGAGUUGGUGGUUGUGGGACAUGAUCCGGAGACUUUUGCGAGUAUGAGUUUGGAGAGGAUGGGGACGCCGAAGAGCUUGAGUGAGAAGUUUACUAAUAAGUAUUGGGCUGGGUACAAUGAAGGAUUGACGAGAUUGGUGGACGAUGGGAAGGAGAGAAAGGUAACGAUUGCUAAGGGAUGCGGACACUUUAUACAGUCCGAUGAUCCAACGUUCGUAGGUGAGGAGAUUGUGAAAAUGAGUGAGAGAAUUGGCUGGUGA